UGCUCUAAUCGAAAUCCUACAGUACAGUAUUCUUCAAACGCGAGUGUGAUAUUUUGCCAACAGGACCAGAACUGAUUGAAAGCAAGAAAGAACUGAUAGAAUGGCGCCCCGCAACAAGCAACAGGAACAGGAAGUGCUGGACUGGAUCGCGGCCGUGCUGGGCGAGAAGCUGCCACCCGGUGCGUACGAGGACGUCCUCAAGGACGGUGUCAUCCUGUGCAAGCUGGCGAACAAGCUGACACCGGGCUCGGUGAAAAAAAUCCAGGAACGUGGCACCAACUUCCAGCUGAUGGAGAACGUCCAACGGUUCCAGGCGGCCAUCAAAAAGUACGGCGUUCCCGAGGAGGAAAUCUUCCAGACGGCCGAUCUGUUCGAACGUCGUAACAUCCCCCAGGUUACGCUGUGUCUGUACUCGCUGGGCAGAAUUACCCAAAAACAUCCCGAGUACACCGGUCCAGCCCUGGGACCGAAAAUGGCCGAUAAGAACGAGCGUACUUUCACCGAGGAGCAGCUGCGCGCUCACGAGGGUGAACUGAACCUCCAGAUGGGUUACAACAAGGGCGCCUCGCAGGCCGGAGUCGGUGCCUUCGGCAAUACUCGUCACAUGUAA